UGGGGGAAAACCAUUCGAGGUGUAUGGGCCAGGAGUAUAUUAGGAGAGAGAUGGAGCACAGGGUAUGAGUGGAAAAAGUAACUUGGGAAGGGCUUGGCUCCGAAAAGAUUGACUCCUAGAUGGGGAGGCUCUCAUGGUCUCAAAGAAAGUACUAUAGUCGAAGAUAACAGAGAAGAAAGGGACCUGGCUUGGGGCCCUUGUUGCAGACCUUCUACUAAGACAGCCUGCACAAAGAUUUGGGAUCUGGUCCACCGAUCCCCCAACUAUUGGUUUGCCAGCUGUGAAUUUGGUCCCUGGAGAGGGAUCUAUAGCUCUGAAGGCCCCGUAGAUGCUAGUUUUGGGGUACAGUGCUUGCAUCUCUAGAUACUGGCUUUGAUGUGGAGGAAAUCAGAAUUCCCUCAGUGAAUGAAUGGUAUAGAGGAAAGGAUUUUGAAUUUGGAUUCAAAGGACUUGGUUUCAUGUAAUCAAUGCCCUAAUUACUAUUUGUGUGACCGUGGACAAAUCAUCCCAGGCCUGAGCCUUGGUUUCCUCAUUUGUGCAGUGAAGUGAUGGGCUAGCCCACAUCUCAUCAGUCAUGUCCAGCUCCUAAAUUUCCUUGCAGUAAGUGAUAAGAGCCAUCUCUUUCCUCAGUCUCCUGGUAUUCACUGUCUAAUACCUGAAUUCUGCCUGUGGACAUUCAGGGGAAAGAAGCAGCUUUUUCCCUUUGUGUCUAGUUUUCCCUUAGAGCUUUACCCUCUUGUCAUCUGACAGAUGUUAUACCCAUUUUUGGCUUUGGAAGACCAUUCAGAAUCCAGUGAUCCUCAAAGAGUUGAGCUGUGGUGUUUUUUGGGUGGGAGGCUGAGCUGUUGGAAGAAGGAUCUGGAGCCUCUUGUGGGAAUGUAGUGACCUCUUCUUCUGGUUCUGACCUGAAAUGGUCCCAUGGCUGCUUUUAGCUCUUUCUGUCCAGAUUGCCUCAGCAGUCAUGGGAAUGACAACUCAGUUCUUAAGUACCUUAUUUUUAUAAUUAUGUAGCCAGCUAAGGAAGGGCCUUUAGAGGUUACACAUCAUUAUCUGUAACCUCUAGGUAGUGUGGCAUAUUUGAAGAACACUGGAUUUGGGGUUGGGAACAAAUCUUAGAUGUUACUUUCCAGAUAUUUAACCUUGACAAAUCAUUCAGAUCUUUCUGGAUCUCAGUUUUCUCAUGUAAAAUGAGGUGACUACAUUAGAUUUCCAAGAUAACCUUGUAGUUUUAAAUCUUAUUAGCAGUUUUCCAGAUAAUUCAGGUAAAAUUUAUUUUUCUCUGGGCUGUGUUUUUUACUUGUCUUUUACUUUGUCUCUACAAUGUCUUUACAGGAGCCAGAUACAUUUAAUUGUAGCUCCUUUAACUUUGAGAGCCAGUGUUGAAUAAUGGGAAGAAUAAUUGACGUAUUAUAAGGUAUAUUGGGGUAGAUCUAAAGUUGGAAGAGACCUGAGAGACUAUGUAGUCCAAUUUUUUCAUUUUACAGAUCAAGAAACAGAGGUCUAAGAAUUUUUAACUUGCCCAAAGUAACAUAAGUAGUAAACUCCAGAGGUAAAAUUUUAAUUAGAAUCUUUUGACUCCAGAACGCAUGCUCUUUCCAUUGCACCAUCCUGACUCCUACAUCAUCUAGGUUUUCUCCCUUGAAAUUGAGAAUUACAAUAAACAUGCAUUUUACAGAUGUGGAGACAGAAACACAGGUUAAAUGACUUGCCCAUGGCCAUCCAGCUAGUCAAUAUGAGAGAUGGGAUCUUAAUCCUAAUGUUCUUGACACCAAGCUCAUAACUUGUUUCAGUACACUAUGUUACUCUACCCCCCCCUUCUUAGCCCCUAGGAUAGAGUGGUGCACUUCAAGUCUGGAGAGACCCUAGAUCGGACCUUGACCCUGACAGUGCCUAGCUAUGUGGCCCUGGAGUCACUGAGCUUCCUGGGACCUCCCCAUCAGAAUAAAAACAUCAACUUGUUCUUGUUCUGCAAAGGCACUUUGGAAUUGGAGUCUUCCUUUAGGAAUGAGAAUGUGACUGUGGCCCUGUGGGCAGUGAGUUGAAGCAUUCCUCUAAGCCAUUCCCACUGUGGGACUUGGGGUUCCCACUCUGGGACACUCAAAGCUGCAUCUCUAAUGCGGGAUGGCUUUCCAAAGAACUGAAGGCAUGUCCAUGAUCCAAGCUUUGGCCAUGACGGUGGCAGAGAUUCCUGUGUUUCUCUAUACAACCUUUGGACAGUCGGCAUUUUCUCAGCUUCGGCUAUCUCCUGGUCUGCGGAAGGUGCUCUUUGCUACAGCACUAGGGACAGUAGCCUUGGCUUUAGCUGCCCAUCAACUGAAGCGGCGCCGACGACGGAAGAAACAGAUUGCUCCUGAGAAAGGAGGUGGGAAGCCUGGAACUGUUCCUAUCCCGAUCUUCAUGACUAGAAGAGUUUCAUCAGUGAAGAAAGGCUAUUCCAGCCGACGGGUCCAGAGCCCCAGCAGCAAGAGCAAUGACACCCUGAGUGGCAUUUCCUCGAUUGAGCCCAGCAAACACUCAGGCUCCUCUCACAGCCUGGCUUCAAUGGUGGCAGUGAACUCCUCCAGCCCAACAGCUGCAUCCUCGGGGCCCUGGGAUGCUAGAGUGACUGAAGAGGCAGGGGCUGCUGGCGAUGCAAAUGCAGAGAACCUCUAUAUUCAAGGAAUGGAGCUGUUUGAGGAAGCAUUGCAGAAAUGGGAGCAGGCCUUGAGUAUUGGACAGAGAGGAGACAGUACUAGCACCCCCACACCCUGGGACCAUCUCAAGAAUCCAGAGACCAUCUCUGAGCCAGAGUCCCAGAAAAAGGAGUUUGCUGAAAAGUUAGAAUCCCUACUACACCGGGCAUACCACCUCCAGGAAGAGUUUGGCUCGACAUUCCCAUCAGAUAGUAUGCUCUUGGACCUAGAGAGAACUCUCAUGCUGCCCCUAACAGAAGGUUCACUGAGGCUUCAGGAAGAUGAUGGCAGUCUUUCCUCCGAAGAUUCUUUCUUUUCUGCUGCAGAGCUGUUUGACUCCUUACAAGUUGGACAUCUCCCUUUCCAGCUCUCUAGGCCAGCUGCAGCAUAUGAGGAAGCCUUGCAAUUGGUAAAAGAAGGGAAGGUUCUAUGUCGAACACUCAGGACAGAACUUCUGGGUUGCUACAGUGAUCAGGACUUCCUGGCUAAACUGCACUGUGUCCGACAGGCCUUCCAGGGACUUCUGCAAGAUGAAAGUAACCAGCUGUUCUUUGGGGAGGUUGGGAAACAAAUGGUGACGGGCCUGAUGACCAAAGCUGAAAAGAAUCCAAAGGGCUUCUUGGAGAGCUAUGAGGAGAUGUUGAAUUAUGCCCUGAGACCAGAGACCUGGCCUACCACACAGCUGGAGCUGGAGGGGCGAGGGGUGGUAUGCAUGAGUUUCUUUGACAUCGUGCUGGAUUUUAUUCUCAUGGAUGCCUUUGAGGACCUGGAGAACCCUCCCUCCUCUGUGCUUGCUGUCCUGCGCAAUCGCUGGCUCUCUGACAGCUUCAAGGAAACAGCUCUGGCCACUGCCUGUUGGUCUGUUCUGAAAGCCAAGAGGAGGCUUCUGAUGGUGCCUGAUGGCUUCAUCUCCCAUUUCUACUCCGUAUCGGAGCAUGUUAGCCCCGUUCUUGCCUUUGGCUUCCUAGGCCCCAAGCCACAGUUAGCUGAAGUCUGCACUUUUUUCAAGCAUCAGAUCGUGUACUACCUGAAGGACAUGUUUGACCUGGACAACGUGCGCUACACCACUGUGCAGUCCCUAUCGGAGGAUAUCCUUCAACUGUCCCGCCGACGCAGCGAGAUCCUCUUGGGUUACCUGGGAACAGAGCCUGUCCGUGAGAUGAACGGGAUGUUGCCCCAUGAAAAUGGACCUCUGGGGGAGCUUCAUUAACUACCAUGCCUCCCGGAGGAGGGCUGACUCCUCUCUUCUGUCGUCUCCUCUGGCGAUGGGUGCUUGCUCUCUCCUGAGGGGCCUGAGGGACCACAGCUCAGCCUCCUCUACCCUCUCCCCUGGUCCGGCUUCCCUCGGUCCCUCGGCUCACCCUCCAUGGAGGGGUUUGCCAAGCCAGGGUCAUGGACCAGUCGAUGACUUCCUCUUUUCCCUUGCCAUGGAGUUCUUGGCCCUGGAUCUCAGCUUAGAAGGACCACUUGUGAUGUCCCUUCCUGCCUUUCUGUCAGUCCCUAUAUAUCAUACAGUGGUGAUUCCUGGGCCAUGCUCAGGAAGUCAA